AUGCAACUCCCAGUUUUUCCCGUUGUUGCCUUGUUGGCACACGUCCUUGCUCUGUUGAGCCUUGUGGUAGCUCAGGACUCACCACUAUGGAUUCAGGGAGGGCUAGAAAGUGCUGUCGCCACUGAUGCCGCCGUCUACAACACAGGAGGCACCAUUGUAAUCAAUGGCUUUACUAUGACGGUGCCAAAGAAUGUCCUUGUUCAGUUCCCGGCUGCUUGGGUUCCGUUCAAAGACUUUGCCGCUAGUCAACAAAAGUUUAUCGGCUACGAGACACUAGCAUGUAUUUCACCGACCCAUCUCUUGGUUAUUGGAAAUACUGUUGACGAUGUGCCAUUGGUCGCACAGAUCAUUCUUUACGAGUUUUUCGAGGGCCUAAGCAGUGGUUUCAUAGAGACGGUCAACUUUACAGACGGUAGCAUGAAGAUAAAACAUGGGCCAACGGUCCGCAUCAACGACCCGAAGGGUGUCUUCUCGGUUGGAUAUACUGGCAAUCCUUUUAUGACGGCAGAUGGGGAGAGCCCCAGCGUCACUGCUUUCUCCGGCUUUCCCAUGUGUAUCCCUAGAAACAGUACCGACCCUCUGUGUCCUCUAAGGCAGAGACCAUCAGCUGGGCCUGGCAUUUUCACUGCUCGUGACCCUCUUGUUAUGGCGCCACUGCAGCCGGGUGAUUUCAUUACUUUCUCGGGCUUCCGAGAAGGAAACGAAGUAGUGGCCACCACUAUUGUAGCUCAAAAUGUUCAAAUCCUCACAGUCGGUGACAUUGUCUAUGUUCGCAUGGAACUGGCCAGGAUCGGAAUUGACAACCCCAGCCCCAAUGCGGACGCUGCUGACUCGAGGCUUCUUGGAUUUGUCACCAACAAUAGGGUAUCCGUUAACCUCUAUGCCAUGGAUGUCGAUCCCUGCACUGGCAAAGUUACCGAUCGAAUCCUCGCGAAUGUAGGCCUUAGAGGCGGCCGCAAUGAGCAGAAUGUCUUCCGUUGGGACACGCCAAUUCUUUCAGGCUAUGUUAGAGAAUACCGUGCAGUUGCGAUGAUUGGUAAUGUCCCUAAGACCCGGCUUACGAAGAAUGGCAUUAUGUCAGGACAAGCCGUACAACCUGUUAACGUCUGGAUUCAAGCCGAACAACUUGUCCCGGGUACGCCCCCUGUCCCCUUUGACUUCUCUCAGAUGGCCUUUUUGACUGCAGGUGUUGGUCGUGAUGAGAAUGGAAAUAUUUGGGGACCUCUGGAUCCAUUUCCCCAGAGUGGCAUGUUGAUCGAUCCACCCGUUUGCCCUGCCCCCUAG